UUCUAGGAUCGUAUUUUCAAGAGGCGCUCGAGUAUGUCUAGGAGAUGAGUAAUCGCAACUGGCGACAUGUAUUAUCGAGCCGAAUUAUGCGUGUUGCCACGCUCGAAGCGAUGGCAAACACCUUGGAGCAAAUCGCCUCCGAUUAGCUGUUAUAUUCUAUUUUUAUCUAUAUUUAUUCCUUCAAACUAUGGCUACCAUACUGAUGAAUGGAUAGUCUUUAAGAAUAAGCAUAUUGACGAAGGCAUGGCAUUCGAGAAAAUGGUUGUCGACCCAUCAAAUACACGAAUAUAUGUGGCCGGCGUUAAUUAUCUGUACGAUUUGCAUUCGUCAGAUCUUUCCGUCAGGGUAGAGGCCGUGACUGGACCAAUGGACGAUUCUGAUCAGUGUAAAGGGGGUCGCAACGACAGCUGCACUGCAAUUCGGCAUAAAACCAACUCUCAUGCUAAGGCGUUAGCAGUGUACGACAAGUCAUCACAGUUGAUAGAGUGUACUAGUCUCUUUCAAGGUCGAUGCCGGCUGCGAAAUCUCCAUAACAUCAGUAAUGUACAGAUCGAAUCACCUGAACCUAUGAUAGCGAACGAUGCCACUUCUUCAGCAGUGGUGUUUGUCGGGAUGGGACCAUCGAAAGAUCCAGUGUUGUACGUUGGCACUACUUUCGUAAGAGGGCCGCUUUUUCGUGACGAUAUCCCUGCCGUCACGUCAUUACGAUUAUCGCGUGGGGAUGGCGAAGCGAAAGAGUUUGAGCUAGCUGACAAAGGACUUGCAACGGGGACCGAGAUCAGCCUGGAAAGAAAGUUCAGAAGUAGCUACAGAAUCGACUACAUAGGUGGAUUUGAGUCUGGACGAUAUGCAUACUUUGCUACCAGGCAGGGAGCCACAAUAGGAGAAGAUGCACCAAUACAAUCUAGGCUCGUUCGAGUCUGCACAGGAGACGCGCAUUUUUACAGCUAUACUGAGGUCCCACUCGAAUGCACCAAAGACGACAUCAAUUACAAUUUAAUUCAAGAUGUUUAUGUUGCAACGGCUGGUUACAAUCUUGCAAAGUCGUUCGGAAUCAGCGAGGGCGAUGAAGUCCUUUACGCAGUUUUUGUGGCAGAUGACACCGCCGCUUUUCAAAGAAAUUUUCCCACCCGUCGCUCAGCGGUAUGUGUUUAUCCCAUACAAAAACAUGUAGAGAAGAAGUUCGAGGAGAACAUCAUGGAGUGUUAUCGGGGAAAAAAUCUCAAGCAACUGCCUUGGUUCAAGUCGUCUGAUGAAUGCAAAGGAACUCACCUGUCUUGGAAAGAUGUGGAAUGUGGUCAGGAUGUCAACAAAAACAUCGGAGGAGGUAAACCAAUCUCGUCUGAACCUUUGCUGACAGUCGACGAUGCCCGAUUCACUGCCAUCGCCAUCAACACAACGCGCGGAGCUACGGUAGCAUUUAUCGGCACCGAUGAUGGACGGAUACUUAAGACUAUCCUUCACGACUCGACUACAGCUGAAGUAUACGCUACUGAAGAGGUAUCGUCGAGCCAUGAACCGAUUCUUGCUGAUCUCGACUUUAGUGAAAACGGCCAGUAUGCCUAUGUACUCACCCCCAGCAAGGUUGUGAAAAUGAGGACGUCGAACUGUGCUGAUGCGGCAACAUGUAGCGCAUGUUUAGCGAAAAGAGAUCCGUUUUGUGGAUGGUGUGUGAAAAACAGCAUUUGCACUGAAGAAGAUACAUGCGAACGAGUAUUACCGAAAACAAGCAGUGGAUGGUUGGAUUUUCAGAACAAUCGUUGCCCUAACAUCAGAGGUGUUGUACCCGAUAAAAUCCAGAUAACAACAGCGGAUUUUUUGAAUGUUAGCUUGGAAAAUAUGGGAGAUAUCAAGGGCAGAUUGCAGUGUUCUUUUCGCUUUGCGGACGGGAAAGUUGUCAAUAGUGAACCAGCUAGACAAGAUCCUCUUGAUGGAACACUGAGAUGUGCUACUCCUCCAAUAAAUCGAUUACCGAUGAUCCCGUUGAAUGAGUCACAUCAUCAGACUACUUUGAGUGUAGUGGCAGAAGGGCGAAUUACUCCAAUUGCAUCCACCAAUUUCUCAUUUUACGACUGUAAUAGAUAUUUGACUUGCUCGAAGUGUGCAAAAAGUGAAUUUCCAUGUGAUUGGUGUCUGGAGUCGAAUGAAUGUGUUGCAGGGAAACUCACUGAAGAUAAGUGUCGAAAACAGCACAUAGUCAACGGAUUGAAUCGUGAGGGUCACUCUAGGAGGAAAGGUCCACAAAAAUGUCCACAUAUUGUUGCACCGCAAACCAAACUUUAUGUGGCUGCAGGUGAAAGGAGGAAUAUCACAGUGAAGGUCCAAAAUCUUGAUCCGAUCUUCAUGACGGAUUUUCGAUGUCACUUCAAAGUAGGAAACGUUGAGCACGAAAAACCUGCUGUUAAGACAUUCGACGAUAACGUGAUAUGUGAUGAGAUGCAGUUUGAUCAUUACGGGCUUGGCGUGUCGGGAGGAACAGCUCCAGUCGAGUUCAACGUUGUGUGGUCCUCAAGUGAUUCUUCCAGAAAACACACUCUGGAUAACAUCGGUGGAGUGGCCGUAGAGGUUUAUAAGUGCGAAGCUCUUGCAUCGAAUUGCGGCCGAUGUCUUACGCUGGAUGCUGAAAAGUAUGAAUGUGGCUGGUGUGCUAUAGAUAACAGAUGUGUCAGACCGAUGGCAUGCUUGGCAAGAUCACCACAAGAUUGGCUGAACAGCACGCAGCUGUGUGCAAAUCCAGCUAUUGAAGACUUCAGUCCUAAAAAGGGACCUGUUGGUGGAAAAACGAAGUUGCGAAUCACGGGUACCAAUUUGGGACGACGAUAUCAAGAUGUGUCGGGUGCGGUGAUUGUAGCGAAUGUUCAGUGCGUCGUGAUACCAGCCGAAUACCAACCAGCGACAGAGAUCGUAUGCGAAACUGGCAAAGCAGCGAUCAAGAACAGCAAGGGACCAAUUGUGGUGAGACUUCGUGCUGACGAUGCCAACUAUGCAGCUGUUUCAAAAUAUGAUUUCGAGUAUGUUGAGCCGGGAGUAUCGUCUGUGAAGCCGAAUCGAGGACCAAAAUCUGGCGGAACUCAUGUCACGUUGUACGGCACUGAUCUUGAUGCUGGAAGUGAAGUUCAUGUCUCGUUUGGUGAAAUCAAAUGCGAGGUGAUUUCGCGUUUCCCGGAUAAUUUGGUAUGCCGGAUGGGAGCAAUGGAAUCGGAUGCUGGUGUCAGUAGCAGCAAAACACUCAGACUGGAUUUUGAUGGGUCACCAGGCCGUGUUCCCUAUCAGCUCAGUUACGAAUUUGUAUCAAAUCCGCGUGUGAGCACAAUAGUUCCGGCAAAAAGUAUCGCUGCUGGUGGGGUGAAGAUCGAUGUCAAAGGAGAAGGAUUUGCUUUGUUACAGAGACCACGGAUGGUCCUCAUCAAUGAUCGGGGCAUUAUCGAGUCUGGGCCAGUAUGUGACGUGGAGGAUGAUGGACUGAUGGUUUGCCUGACGCCUGGUUUACCCUCUGGAGACACCGGAGGUCGUUUGCAUCAUAAUUUUGCAUUCGAUUUUGAUGGGACGAUCACUGAGAGUCGGCAAAUGGAAGUUUACCCAAAUCCCAAAGUGAAUGAGUUUGCUGAGACAAGAUUCUAUCGUCCUGGCGACAACUACCUCACUAUCAAUGGCGACGAUCUCAAUGUGGGAGCAAUGGAAAGGGACAUCAAAAUCACGGUUGGCGGUGUUGAUUGCCAACUAACUGCCUUAGCUCGGAAAGUCCUCACCUGUAAGCCACCCACAGAAAAACCGCAUUUGGAUGGUGGACUGGAGCCAGAAGUUGUUGUGAAAAUUGGCGGGAAAAGCUAUAGCAUUGGGCUCUUCUCGUACGAUUCUCCUUCAGUCACUUCCGGCGUGGUGUUGGUAAUUCUAGGAUGUAUCGCAGCGAUGCUUGCAUGCUUUGUUUGCUUGGCGAUCAUGUACAGGCGAAAAACCAACUCUCAUCAGCGACAAAUGAAAUAUUUGAAGACCCAAAUGGAUACAAUUGAAAUGAAGGUUGCUACGGAAUGUAAGGAAGCCUUUGCCGAAUUGCAGACUUCUUUGAACCAGUAUACUGCUGAUCUGCCCCUUGGAACACCUGUUGUACCUUUCCUGGAAUAUAAAGAUUAUUGUGCUAGGGUGUUGUUUCCCAACAACCCGCAUAAUCACCCAGUGCUACGAGAUCUGGAAGUUGAUAGUCAGAAAGCAGGAGCAAUUGAAGCUGGAUUGAGAGAAUUCCAUAAGUUGCUCAUGAAUAAAACUUUCUUCCUGACGAUGGUACGAACAAUGGAGUCGAACAAAUAUUUCCUGGGUAAAGAUCGUGUCUACGUUGGUUCGCUAAUCAUGGUUGUCUUGCAAGAGAAAAUGGGAUAUUGCACGGAAAUGCUCAAACAACUUCUCAGAGAGCUGAUUGAUCGUACGGUUGAGAAGAAAUUUCAGCCGAAGAUCUUAUUCAGAAGAAGCGAGAGUGUGGCCGAGCGCAUGUUGGCAGCGUGGUUCACCUUUCUGAUGCAUGAUUACCUUAGGAAUUUUGCUGGAAAACGUCUCUAUGACCUAUAUUGGGGCAUAAAACAGCAAAUGGAAAAAGGACCACAAGAUGCUUUAACACUCGAGGCUCGAUAUUCUCUCUCGGAGGAGAAACUAUUGCGUGCAACGUUUGAAUACAAAGAACUGACGAUAUUCAUAGCAGCUGAUUCGAUGGCUUACACCCAACCAGAUAUGCCCGUGCGUGUACUGGACUGUGAUACCAUUACUCAGGUGAAGGAGAAGUGUCUGGAUGCUAAGUAUCGAACUGUGCCAUAUUCGGAUAGACCCAGCGCCAAUGAUCUCGACUUAGAAUGGCGUACGGGCAUAAACGGUCGUAUGGUUCUGCAGGAUAUCGAUUCGACAUCUCGAAUAGAACCGGGUGGUUGGAAGCGAGUGAACACAUUGGGGCACUAUAAUGUACCUAACAAUUCUGUGUUGAUGUUGACGACCAGACAGAACUCUUUGUAUAAUCUGUCUUUACUCUCUGAAAGGAGUGAAAAGUCGACGCUGAGCCUGAAGAACAGUCCGACGCUCUCACGACCGUGGGUUGGAACGAGCAGUAGUAGCACAUCAAAGGAUGCCGAAGGUCAAAAGCUGUAUCAUCUCGUCAAGCCCACCGAACAUGGCCCAUCGGAAAAUCAAGAAAAAAUGGUCACGGAAAUCUACCUCACUAGAUUACUAAUGAUGAAGGGUACACUUCAAAAAUUCAUAAACGAUCUUUUGGAGGCAAUAUUUUCCACGUCGUCAAGAUCCGCACCAUUACCUGCAGCUAUCAAGUACAUGUUCGACUUUAUGGAUGAACAGGCACUUGAACACGGUAUCACAGAUGCAGAAGUGGUACAUGCAUGGAAGAGCAACGCUUUACCAUUGAGGUUCUGGGUCAAUCUUAUAAAGAACCCUCACUUUGUGUUUGAUAUCCAAAAACCGACCAAGGUGGAAGGAUGUUUGUCCGUGGUCGCACAGACUCUCAUGGAUGCAUGUUCUACGCAAGACCAUCAGCUUACAAAAGAUUCACCAUCAAGCAAGCUUCUGUUCGCUAAAGACAUGUAUCAAUACAGAGAUUGGGUGGAUAGUUACUACUCGGAUAUAGCUCGCUUAGCGCCGAUAUCUGACCAAGAUAUGGCCAGCUUGCUCAAUGAGGAGUCAAGGGUGCAUCGCGGCCAGUUCCAUGUGUUCUCGGCAUUGAAUGAGCUCUACAAGUACCUCGAUCAGUAUAAAGAGCCAAUAAUGGAUGCGCUGGAACACAAUGAACACGCGCAAGCGAGUCGGUUACCAGGACGGUUACAGGAUAUGCUGGCAUUGAUGGAGGCAGAUCAAAGUCGGACGGACUAUGAUAGCUCGACGCUUGGCAUCGGCUACAACUCGAACAGUCGCCUCAUGCCGCGCGAACGUUUGUGA